CACGACCGACGUGAUGUUGCCUCUGUACAAGCGCGCUAUGCGCCACGUGUGGGUGCCGUAUCGCCGACUGCGGCGUGGCGCAGUGCUGGGCGGCGUGGUGGCAAUGCUGCUGCUGUUCCUUCUGUUCUCUUCGCUGUCUCCAGAGGCCCCAGCGCCGUCUCCUGUCACUGUGACACCGACUGAGGUUGUCCAGCCGCAACUUAUGGACACUCCGGCGCCGGUCGAGGCGGGUGGAGGUAUCGACAUGGAUGAAAAUGUGGUAACAGAUAAAGGAGUCGACGUGAAUGCGGAAGAAGAAGCGGGUGGGGGCGUCGAUAUGGAUGUGGAGGUAGCAGCGAACGAAGCGAAGGAAGUAGAGGAGCCUUCAGCUGUGCCGGUGGACGCGACGCCGGCGCCGCUCGUGCUACGACUACUGCUUCCGCUGAUCGCUGGCUUCUGUUUUGGCUUCUUGGGCUCUGUACCUAUCGCUGGCCCCACGUCCGCUAUGGUGCUGAAGCUUGGCAUCCAGGGAAAGUAUAGCGCUGGAUUGACGAUUGCAGUGGGCGGGGCUAUUUCGGAAGCGACGUACGCGGGUAUUGCAUUCUGGGGCUUCGGUAGCUUUCUAGCAGGUGCCAAGUUUCUGCUCCCGGUUUCAAAAGUACUGGGAGCCAUCAUGUUCACACUCAUCGGCCUGGUGUUUCUCAAGGCGGACAUGAAGCCGUCGCUGGACCCUGACGUCGAAGCCUCUCAUGGGAAGGGGGUGCGACGACCACAAGGUGAAGUGCUUAAAAACAUCCUUAUGGGCCUCACAAUGUCCGGAAUAAACCCGGCCCUGCUUGCAUCCUACACGGGUGCCAUUGCUUCAGAAUCGCGCUAA